AUGGUGAGUCAGUUUUGGGCUUAUCAUAGAGAAAAUGCUCAAAACCAUGGACGUACUCGUCGUGGUGAUGAGCGUAACAUUCAAAGUGAGCGCACCAAUCAAAUUCCAAUUUUCAAUCAAUCACAAAAUAGCCGCUUUAUCAUACCCCGUAACAAUCAAAGUGAGCAUGAAAAUCAAAUCCCCAUUAUCCAUCAAUCACAUAAUAAUUGCUUUCCCACACCCCAUAACAAUCAAAUAUCCACUGUCCAUCUAUCACAAAAUAGUCACUUUACCACACCCCAUAACAACCAAAGUGACUGUGACAAUCAAAUCCCAAUUAUCCAUCAACCACAAAAUAGCCGCUUUACCACACUCCCUAACAACCAAAGUGAGUGUGACACUCAAAUCCCCAUUAUUCAUCAAUCACAAAAUAUCCUCUUAACCACACGUCGUAAUAAUCAAAGUGAGCGAGACAAUCAAAUCCCCAUUAUCCAUCAAUCACAAAAUAACCUUUUCACCACACCCCAAAGCAUACUGCAAAGAUCCCAAUAUCGUACUGCAAGUCUUAACAAUUUUCCAUAUGUGACUGUUGUUGAUCAGCAGCCAUAUAUGAAUGUUGUUAAUACACAACCACAUAUAAUAACUCCUUAUCAUGCAAACUCAAUCCAACAACAGCCACAUAUGAGUGUUGUUAAUCAACAACCAUAUGCAGGUCCACGCAAAAUUAAUCAUUAUCGUGCAAACUCCAUUCAAAAUUCUUCCCCCAAUGGUGUUGCUUUCCAAGGUUUCACAAGAGAUUUUUCAAAUCCUCCUAGACCAAAUUUUCAUAAUCCAAAGAAUUAUCGAUUUCUUCCUUAUGGCGAAGGUUCUAGUCGUAUGAAUAACUCUUUUGCGUGUCCUCGCCUAUCUGUCAACUUGAAUAGAUUGAAUGUUACGAAAGAUGAUGUUAUACCAAUCACAACUCCUUCGACGCGUCAUAUAAUAAAAAUGCCUCCUAUAAUUUAUCCUAGCACCAAUCCUCCACGUCUAUCUAUCACAAGUCCUCCCUCGUGUGGUAUUACUCAAAAGAAAGAUUCAGAUCCAACUCAUGAUAAAGAGCCAAAAAGUUAUGAGUUCGACAUUAGAGAUACUGAGGCUUGGAAAAGGAAAGGUAAGAGUUUUGUCUCCCCUGAUGAUUGUUAUGAACCAGUGGCAAAUCAAGAGAAAGCAGUACUUAUUUUCAAGGAUGAAAAGAAUGUGAUUCCUAGUUGUUCAAUAAUUAAAACUAAUGAAACCAAUGAAAAAGAUGAGGAGAAUUUGGAUCUCUCACUCCACCUUUAA